ACGCCGGCAAGCAUAUAUACUAUGACCGAGUCAAACAUCUUUCAGUUUAAGAAAUUCCCACGUGCGAGUGGUGUCUCAAUAAAUGUCAAAUCCAUUACUUUGCUGUGGUAAGGGUCACUUAGCCCUGCAUGAUUCGGAAAAAGAGACUUUGAAACCAAUUAAAAAAUCAAAUAACAAAAUGGAACCUGUUGUUAACGGGAAUCAUAUUCCCGCGGUUUGUCCGUUUAGUGGUAACAGUGCGGAAAGUGUGAAUGAAAAGAGAAAUUUGCGUGUGAAAUUGAACCAUCCAAUGAAGCUCCGGAACUAUUUGGACAGCUCCUUGCAGACUCUAGACACACUGCACACCAGGGAAAAUGAUAUCGCUCUUAUUGAUUCCCGCUGCACCCGCGUCGUUUGCUCGGGCAGCGUCAUCGACAUCCCGCGACCGGACGUCGUGCGCACCCCUGAAGAGAUCUUUUGCGACGCAGAAAAGUUCUUCAAGGAAUACUACGCGUCUAUACGAAGAGAAAAUACUAGUGCGCACACGGCCAGGCUGCAGGAAGUUAAGGCAGAGCUGGAUGGAAAGGGCACGUACAAUUUGAAGAGCCCCGAACUGGUGUACGCGACAAAGUUGGCGUGGCGAAACGCGACGCGAUGCAUUGGCAGGAUACAGUGGAAAAAGUUGCAGGUCUUCGACUGUAGAGAAGUAACAACUGCAAAAGGAAUGUUCGAGGCGCUUUGUACUCAUAUCAAAUACGCUACGAAUAAAGGAAAUAUUCGAUCGGCAAUCACAAUUUUCCCGCAACGCACGGACGGCAAACAUGACUACAGGAUAUGGAACCCACAGCUCCUCAACUACGCGGGGUACGUUCAAGAAGACGGAACCGUCUUGGGUGACCCUGGCAGAGUCGAGUUCACAAAUAUCUGCAUAAAGCUGGGAUGGAAGCCGCCGUACACGAUGUGGGACGUUCUGCCGCUGGUUCUGCAGGCUGACGGCAAGGAGCCAGAGUUUUUCGACAUACCCCGAGAUAUUGUAUUGGAAGUCCAUAUGGAACAUCCUGAAUUCGACUGGUUCAAGGAGCUCGGCCUCCGCUGGUACGCGCUGCCCGCCGUCGCCAACAUGCGACUGGACUGUGGCGGCAUCGAGUUCACUGCCACGGCCUUCAACGGCUGGUACAUGGGCACUGAGAUCGGGUGCCGCAACUUCUGUGACGCCAACCGUCUUAAUGUGUUGGAAAAAGUAGCACUAAAAAUGGGGCUCGAGACUACCUCGGCUGUAUCUCUCUGGAAGGACCAGGCAGUGGUGGAGAUCAACAAAGCCGUGCUGCACAGUUUCCACAGGGACGUCGUGUCCAUAGUGGACCACCACUCUGCUUCUGAGCAGUUCAUGAAGCAUUUGGAAAACGAAAAUAAGGCUAGGGGAGGUUGUCCAGCUGACUGGGUUUGGAUUGUUCCGCCAAUGUCAUCAUCUCUAACACAAGUUUAUCAUCAAGAAAUGGCUAAUUAUUACAUGAAACCGUCUUAUGAGUAUCAGAUUGAUGCGUGGAAGAAAUACAAUUGGGAAAAAUCAGGCGAAAAGCCUCAUAGAAAAUUCCACUUCAAGCAAAUAGCACGAGCCGUCAAGUUCACCUCCAAACUGUUCACCACCGCGCUGUCUCGUCGCGUCAAGGUCACCAUCCUCUAUGCCACAGAGACAGGCAAAUCUGAACAGUAUGCCAAAGAAUUGGGGACCAUGUUUGGACACGCUUUUAACGCUCAGGUCUUCGCAAUGGAUGAGUAUGACAUGUUCUCCAUUGAACAUGAAACACUUAUUUUGAUAGUGACCUCAACAUUUGGCAAUGGAGAGCCUCCUGCGAAUGGCCAGGAUUUCAUAGAUCAUCUUUUCCAAAUGCAAAACAUGGAAAAUGAGCUACAUCAUUCAGACGGCUCUCAAGGUGCUCCAAGCCCAGGUUUCAGGACACCAACACCAAAAUCUCUAAUGAGAACUAACAGCGUUAUGUCACCUCCACCAUUCAAAGUGCCUCUUUCGCGCGUGGAAUCCAACAGAAGUACUACCGGAGAAUCUUCUAUCGAGCACCUUGGCCCAUUGAGCAAUGUCAGUUUUGCGGUGUUUGGUCUGGGAUCCAGCGCAUAUCCCAAGUUUGCAAACUUUGGCAAAACUGUCGACAGAGUUUUGGGAGAUUUGGGAGGAGAAAGGAUCUUGGAACUUGCUACCGGUGAUGAAAUGUUUGCCCAAGAACAAGAAUUCCGCGCUUGGUCUUCUAAAAUCUUCCAGGUUGCUGCCGAGACAUUCUGCGUCGAAGAAAACAUGCUAAUGGAUGCCAGAAACGCAAUCUCAAAGCUGCCGCUAACGGAAGAAACCGUCAGAUUUGGAAAACCGUCUACUGAAGUGCCUUUGAAACAGGCCCUGGAGAGUACCUACAAGAGGCAAAUCAUUCCUAGUAUGGUCAAGAAAGUUAAACGACUAGGCGAUCACACUGAAGACCGAGAAACUAUAUUUGUAGAUAUGCAACCAAGAGAUGAAAUCAAAUACGACCCAGGAGAUCAUCUUGGUGUUCUGCCUUGCAAUCGUGAAGAAGUUGUAAACUCAGUGUUGAAAAGACUUAAAGAAACAGAUUUCGACGUUCCUGUACAACUACAAGUUAUGAAAGAAACCCUUUCACCUCUUGGUUCGUCAAAGACGUGGGAGAAACAUGAACGUAUACCAGCACUGUCUAUCAGAGAUAUGUUUACUCGAUUUCUAGACAUAACAACUCCACCUUCAACAACUGUUCUGAAGUACUUAGCUAAAGCUUGUACUGAUGAAAAAGAUAUUUUGAGAAUAAAUGAGCUAAUUCAGGACUCUGAGAAAUAUGACGAAUGGAAGCAUUUCCAUGUGCCUCAUCUAGGAGAAGUUUUGGAGGAGUUUCCAUCGUGCAAGCCACAGGGUUCACUUUUAGCAGCGCUUCUCCCUGCCUUGCAACCAAGAUUCUAUUCUAUUUCCUCGUCACCCCUGGCGCACCCGAAACAUGUCCAUCUCACUGUGGCUAUCGUGUUUUACAAAGUUCGAAAUGGUACAGGUCCAGUUCAUUAUGGAGUUUGCUCAAACUAUUUAAAGAAUCUCAGAGAAAACAAAGAUGAAAUUUUCGUUUUUGCAAGACGUGCACCAACCUUCCAUUUGCCAAAGAGUUUAUCGGUACCCCUAAUCCUGAUUGGGCCCGGUUCCGGUGUCGCCCCACUGAGAGGAUUCUGGCAUCACAGAAAAUACCAAAUAAAGGAACUAGCUAAAAAGGAGACGAUCGGACCAGUUUGGCUAUUCUUCGGGUGUCGAACAAAAGGGAUGGACAUAUACAGAGUCGAAAAAGAGCAGGCUAUCAGAGAAGGAACUCUUAACAGAGUUUUCUUAGCUCUUUCACGAGAAAAAAAGGAGGACAAGAAAUACGUCCAAGACCACUUAAGAGAGGAGGGUCAAGCAAUAACCAGAAUGCUCAUGGAAGAAGGCGGACACUUCUAUGUGUGUGGAGACUGCAAGAUGGCCGAAGAAGUGCAACAGACAUUAAAACAGAUACUGCAACAGCACACUAACUUUUCAGAACUCGAGGCUGAACAUUUCAUAAUGAGCUUAAUGGACGAUAACCGAUAUCAUGAAGACAUAUUUGGCAUCGUUCUACGCACGGCAGAAGUGAAGAAUGCUUCUAGAGAAACCGCUCGAAGAACCCGACUGGAAUCAGGACAAUCUCAAUCUUAAAAUUACCUAGUUAAGGUACAACAUUAACCUGCCUAUUUUAACUAACAUGUCGCAAAAUCCACAUUGUUAUAAGUGAAUAAUUUAUAACUUACUUAUUAUAUACAUUGAAUAUUUAGUUUUAAAAUAGUAGGAUGCAUUUAGGUACCUAUAGACAUAUUUAGGCUAGAUUGGUACUGUCUUACCAUUACCUACUAAUUUAUAGGUAUUUAUAAAAAUAAUAGGUUAUAUACCUCUAUAUAUAUUGUAUAAUAAGAUUUAGUAUCGAUCAAUUCGCGUCUUCCUUUUCCACGGGGCAUGUUGGCAAGACAAAGGUACAUCCUACUGUGCCAGCAUCGACAAAAUUCAUUGAUGGACCAACAAAAUGUAGAUUUUAUAAUAUAAUUGUUAAGUUUAUUUUACUCCUAUUUUAUUGUUGGAAUUCGUUUUAUAAAUAGUGUUUAAAACAGUAUUAAAUACUUUAUAAUAAAAAAAGUAUACAUUUAAUUACAUUGAAAUGUCUCCAAUUAAAUAUUUUUGAUUAUAAUACUUCGCACAAAUUAAUAGUUCUGUGAUUGAAUUUAUUGAAAUUAUAAUAUUCAUAAUUUGAGUAGGUACAUCAGACAUGUCGUACUGUAGUUAAAAUCUCUAUUUAGUUAUUUAAAUUAGUAUUUUAUCAUUUAAAAUCAUUAAGGAACAUUUACUAAGAUUAAUAUUUAUUUAAGCGCUUUAUUUAUGGCAAUGACUGAAAAGCGUGACACAAGCCCAAUAAGUACUUUAACAGUUUCAACAUACCUACACAUUGUGUAUCUAACAUCACUCACAGAUCAUUCAUUAUGUACACAGACAAUAGCACGUAUGUGCGUAGCAAUGUACUCGAAACAGCCUACGUGACAAAACUACAUAAGUCGGUCCCAGUUGUAAAGUACCUAGGCCUUAGACCGUCUUCAAAAAAGUUUCUGGGCAAAUUCAAUGUGCCCAGUCAUGUUUUACCUGGCUGUUUGAACACAGGUAGCCCUUUUGUCUCCAAUGGUGUCAUUUAGACGCGAAAUUUAGAAUAAGGGCUGUACGUGGCAUAUAUUAUGUGUAACAGCAAAAAAUUUAAGACCUACCUACCUUGCGUAGCUGUAGGUACAGUCAACCAAAUGGAACCCUAGGCCACCGUAGAACUAUGUCAUAGUGACGUUAUAAAUCAGAUUGUAAGAAAUCUCUUACUGCUUGUCAUUUUGACUUUGUGGCCUGGGGUUCCAAUUGGUUGACUGUACCUAACCUACUUAAAUAUACAAAGUUGAUAGAAAAUCCCGCAUGAAUAAGUGAAGAGUCAUUUCGUGAACAUUGUUAUCAAAGACACAAAGGAAACUUUAGUAUUUUAGAGAUAAAACUAAUUUAAAUGUUAGAUUAUUUAUUUGUAUACCUUUAGAAUUAUUUCUGAUAAGCCUGUGUAGUUUGGGGAAUAUACAUUUUUUUAUUAAGAAUAAAACUGUACCGAGUAA